CUUUAAAGAAAGAAUGUGGGUUUUUUACCCCUGGAUGCUGGCUACAUCACAUUUAGCAAAACUUCACGAUUUUGGAACAGUUUCUUCGAUGGGUAUUUUGUUUUCUUGUUUGCUUUUUGGCUGGGUCAGGUGAGGUGGAUGAUAGCUUUUCUACAUUGCUAGAUGAGUUUUCACAGGCAAGAGAAAAUGAAAAUAAAAAUUAAUGAAUGAAAAAAUGAAAAAAAAAUUGAAUGUAAAACAGCACGGCCUGGUGAGAAAAUGCUUCACCGGCAACAAUUAAGAAUUCGGCUUCUGCACAGCAGCCGGAAAUCAGCUUUGCUGCGUUUGGUCCAGGCUGGAGCAUCUCCGCGGCAGCUGCGGCGGCACAAAGGUUUUUAGCAGCUUGGUGCUAAAUUGCUGUCUCAAAAUGCAGAGGACCUAAUUUGCUGAGGAAAACCGCCAAGGAAGAAAGAGGAGGAAAAGGAAAAAAAAAAAAGGGGGUAUUUUGUGGAUGCUCUACUUUUCUUGGAAAUGCAAAAGAUUAUGCAUAUAUCUGUCCUCCUUUCUCCUGUUUUAUGGGGACUGAUUUUUGGUGUCUCUUCUAACAGCAUACAGAUAGGGGGGCUAUUUCCCAGGGGCGCCGAUCAGGAAUACAGUGCAUUUCGGGUAGGGAUGGUUCAGUUUUCCACUUCGGAGUUCAGACUGACUCCCCACAUCGACAAUUUGGAGGUAGCAAACAGCUUCGCAGUCACUAAUGCUUUCUGCUCCCAGUUUUCAAGAGGCGUCUAUGCUAUUUUUGGAUUUUAUGACAAGAAGUCUGUAAAUACCAUCACAUCAUUCUGUGGAACGCUCCAUGUCUCCUUCAUCACUCCCAGCUUCCCAACAGAUGGCACACAUCCAUUUGUCAUUCAGAUGAGACCUGACCUCAAAGGAGCACUUCUUAGCUUGAUUGAAUACUAUCAAUGGGACAAGUUUGCAUAUCUCUAUGACAGUGACAGAGGCUUAUCAACACUGCAAGCUGUACUGGAUUCUGCUGCGGAAAAGAAAUGGCAAGUGACUGCUAUCAAUGUGGGAAACAUUAACAAUGACAAGAAAGAUGAGACAUACAGAUCACUUUUUCAAGAUCUGGAGUUAAAAAAGGAACGGCGUGUAAUCCUGGACUGUGAACGGGAUAAAGUAAACGACAUCGUAGACCAGGUUAUUACCAUUGGAAAACAUGUUAAAGGUUACCAUUAUAUCAUUGCAAAUCUGGGAUUUACUGAUGGAGACCUAUUAAAAAUUCAGUUUGGAGGUGCAAACGUCUCUGGAUUUCAGAUAGUGGACUAUGAUGAUUCCCUGGUAUCCAAAUUUAUAGAAAGAUGGUCAACACUGGAAGAAAAAGAAUACCCUGGAGCACACACGACUACAAUUAAGUACACUUCUGCUCUAACCUAUGAUGCUGUUCAAGUGAUGACUGAGGCUUUCCGCAACCUUCGGAAGCAGAGAAUUGAAAUCUCUCGAAGGGGGAAUGCAGGAGAUUGCCUGGCAAACCCAGCAGUCCCCUGGGGACAAGGCGUAGAAAUAGAAAGGGCCCUCAAACAGGUUCAGGUUGAAGGUCUCUCGGGAAAUAUAAAGUUUGACCAAAAUGGAAAAAGAAUAAACUAUACAAUUAACAUUAUGGAACUCAAAACCAAUGGGCCCCGGAAGAUCGGAUACUGGAGUGAAGUGGACAAAAUGGUUGUUACCCUUACCGAGCUCCCUUCUGGAAAUGAUACCUCUGGGCUUGAGAAUAAGACUGUUGUUGUCACUACAAUUUUGGAAUCUCCAUAUGUUAUGAUGAAGAAAAAUCAUGAAAUGCUUGAAGGCAAUGAGCGCUAUGAGGGCUACUGUGUUGACUUGGCUGCAGAAAUCGCCAAACAUUGUGGGUUCAAGUACAAGCUGACAAUUGUUGGGGAUGGCAAGUAUGGGGCCAGGGAUGCUGACACGAAAAUUUGGAAUGGGAUGGUUGGAGAACUUGUAUACGGGAAAGCUGACAUUGCAAUUGCUCCAUUAACUAUUACCCUUGUGAGAGAAGAGGUGAUUGACUUCUCAAAGCCCUUUAUGAGCCUCGGGAUAUCUAUCAUGAUCAAGAAGCCUCAGAAGUCCAAACCAGGAGUGUUUUCAUUUCUUGAUCCUUUAGCCUAUGAGAUCUGGAUGUGCAUUGUUUUUGCCUACAUUGGGGUCAGUGUAGUUUUAUUCCUGGUCAGCAGAUUUAGCCCCUACGAGUGGCACACUGAGGAGUUUGAAGAUGGAAGAGAAACACAAAGUAGUGAAUCAACUAAUGAAUUUGGGAUUUUUAAUAGUCUCUGGUUUUCCUUGGGUGCCUUUAUGCAGCAAGGAUGCGAUAUUUCGCCAAGAUCCCUCUCUGGGCGCAUUGUUGGAGGUGUGUGGUGGUUCUUUACCCUGAUCAUAAUCUCCUCCUACACGGCUAACUUAGCUGCCUUCCUGACUGUAGAGAGGAUGGUAUCUCCCAUCGAAAGUGCUGAGGAUCUUUCUAAGCAAACAGAAAUUGCUUAUGGAACAUUAGACUCUGGAUCCACCAAAGAGUUUUUCAGGAGGUCUAAAAUUGCAGUGUUUGAUAAAAUGUGGACCUACAUGAGAAGUGCGGAGCCCUCUGUGUUUGUGAGGACUACAGCUGAAGGGGUAGCCAGAGUGAGGAAGUCCAAAGGGAAAUAUGCCUACUUGCUGGAGUCCACGAUGAAUGAGUAUAUCGAACAACGGAAGCCUUGUGACACUAUGAAAGUUGGUGGAAAUCUGGAUUCCAAAGGCUAUGGCAUCGCAACACCUAAAGGAUCCUCAUUAAGAAAUGCGGUUAACCUCGCAGUACUAAAACUGAAUGAACAAGGCCUGUUGGACAAAUUGAAAAACAAAUGGUGGUACGACAAAGGAGAGUGCGGCAGCGGGGGAGGUGAUUCCAAGGAAAAGACCAGUGCCCUCAGUCUGAGCAACGUUGCUGGAGUAUUCUACAUCCUUGUCGGGGGCCUUGGUUUGGCAAUGCUGGUGGCUUUGAUUGAGUUCUGUUACAAGUCAAGGGCCGAGGCGAAACGAAUGAAGGUGGCAAAGAAUGCACAGAAUAUUAACCCAUCUUCCUCGCAGAAUUCACAGAAUUUUGCAACUUAUAAGGAAGGUUACAACGUAUAUGGCAUCGAAAGUGUUAAAAUUUAGGGGAUGACCUUGAGUGAUGCCAUGAGGAGCAAGGCAAGGCUGUCAAUUACAGGAAGUACUGGAGAAAAUGGACGUGUUAUGACUCCAGAAUUUCCAAAAGCAGUGCAUGCUGUCCCUUACGUGAGUCCUGGCAUGGGAAUGAAUGUCAGUGUGACUGAUCUCUUGUGAUUGAUAAGAACCUUUUGAGUGCCUUACACAAUGGUUUUCUUGUGCGUUUAUUGUCAAAGUGGUGAGAGGCAUCCAGUUUCUUGAAGACUUUUCUUUCAGCCAAGAAUUCUUAAAUAUGUGGAAUUCACCUCGAAUUGUAAGGAAUGGUUACUUAAAAAUACAACAUCCUUUUCUACUCCAGUUCCAGAGGAAGCUUGGUGGACAUGCACAGCUAACAUGGAAGUACUAUAAUUUAACUGAAGUCUUUGUACAGACAACAAACCCGUUUCUGCAGCCACUAUUGUUAGUCUCUUGAUUCAUAAUGACUUAAGCACACUUGACAUCAACUGCAUCAAGAUGUGACAUGUUUUAUAAGAAAAAGGAAAAAAAAACAUUUAAAAUUAAAAAAAAAAUAUUUUUAGGUAUUUUCAAAAACAAACUGGCUUUUAAAUAAAUUUGCUUCCAUAUUGGUUGGAUAAGACAAAAUAGUGAUUAGACUGAGUGGGAAGUGAUUAUAAAGGCUUUAGGUAUCAGUUCCAUAUUUUUCAAAGCCAAAUAUGUAAAUGCUAAGGAAAGAAAACAAAGAAAAGAUUCCAAUCUUGUAAUUUAAUAUUGUUAUUAAAACUUUAAUGUAUCCUAUUCUUUAACAUUUGGUGUUAAUAUAAAAUUACUUGGCGAUGCUUGACAUUUGAAAUAAACAUUUUUCUAUUGUUUUAUUUGCAAGUGGUCCAAUUGAUUUUGCUUAGCUACAGUUUGGUCAUAAAUCAAAUGAGUUUAAAGACAUUAUCAAAUUGCUAGGUUCCCAGAGAAAAUUGUCCCUUUUCAGAAGGCCAGGUGGUUUCUAGAGUAGAAACUUGUCCCAAAACAAUAUCUGAAUCUGUUUUUAGUAUAUCUUACUAUAUAUAAAGAAAUAUUUAACAUAAAGCAUUUAAUCUAUAUGGAUAAAUGCUAAUAGAUUUAAAAAGCUAAUAUUAAAAAACAAAUAUAAUAUGUGAGGUUCCAUUUUAAAAUGUUUGAGCUUGCAGAAGAGAAGUAUUAGUUGCAAAUGAAGUUAGGAAUGCCUAGAAAGCAGCUAUUAAAAUAUUUGCCCAUGUAUCGAAGUCCAUAAACUAAAUCUAACUUUUUUGUUUUCCAAAUUAUAAGAGCUGUCAUAAGCCUUAUAUAUUAAGAAUAAUUUAAGAACUUUUGAGUCACCUGCAGCAUAAUUUCUUCCCAUUGCCAUCAAUAAAAACAACUUAAAUACCUUGUAUUUAUACUUACUCCUCAGGUGGAAUGGCUCUUUUAAUAUGCCCAGUUGGGGAUAAAACAUCACAUUUCUGUAACUUUUGACUAAAGAGCUUAUAUUUCUCUAGUUAAAAAUUUAAAGGAACUCUCUUUCCCUUCAUAAAAGACCAUUUAUUUCUCUUAAAGCUCCCUAAAAUAAAAUUAAUUUAGGGUUUUAAACAAUUCUUAACAUUAAGUAGUCAUUUUUAAUAUUUUUUAUUCUCAUUAUUUCUGCAAGCAAGACUUUGUGUAGCACUUGGUAUCUUCUAAGUGCUGUGAAAACAGUUUUAUUGAUUACGUUUCACAGAAGGGAAUAAGAAUGUGUUCGAUGUGGGAUCGAACAUGGUGAUAUGUAGAAUCAAGAUGUUCUUCACCAAAUGUAACAUUCCCGAUCACAAAUUCCAAGAUAAUACAAUAUAAUUUCCAUGCAUUUCUCCUCAUCAGGAAUGUUGGAGGUGCAUUUUAAGUUUUAAUAAUUAAUACUAGAAUGACCAAAUUGCAGACUAAUUGUUUCCAUAUUGUACUUCAAAUGAGUUUUUAAAAAUGAAAAAGAUGACUCUACACAAUCAAUGCUAUUUAUUGUACCUCUGGGCCUACUCUUCUAAAACUUGUAGCUUAUCAAUUUUUCUCUGUCAAGCUUGAACUAAUGUAAAUAAUUGAAAUAAUGUAAAGUUAUAUUUUCAUGUUUUUAUAGAUACAACAUGACAACAAUACAUAAUGUAAGAAUAUUUCAACUAUGGAUAAUGUUGAUUGGAUAAUGCACAUCUCAGUUACAAAGCAGUAAUCAUAGUUUAAUAUCCAUGUAACGGUGCAUCAAUAUAUUGCUAUAUAAAUAUGUCUGUGUGCAUAUAAGUGAAAAGUGGUCAAACAAGAGUGAUGACAGCUGUCUAAAGGUUUUUUUAUUCAUUUUAUAUAAAAACUGUUCUGGAAAGACCAAAAUGUUUAUGAACUAUUCUUAAUGUAAAUUUACAACUGUCCCCUACUGUACUUUUUUGUUUACAGUAUAGUACCUUAUUUUCUGCUGUGUUAAGUGGGUGUCAAACUCCAAGGAGACAUACACUUUCUACAACUUCUAUUGAAGAUAUUGGAAUUUCCAAUUUUUCAUGUGUACUAUGUCGGAAAAUGCUUUUGAUUUUAUUUUUAAAUCUAACAUCGGAUGGCUUUCUCAGAGUGUUGUAAAAACUUCAAUCAUACAUAAAACAUGUUCUUACAAAAGACAAA